GAAUAGUCGAUUACAACUGGUGCGAAUGUUGUGCAGUUAAAUUGAUAUAUCAGUGUAGCUGGAAAAAUGCACAGAUUCAGUUCUAAAAAAUUAGUAUAGUGGUAACUGUUGAUCAAUUUCAGGCUUCGAAUUUUUAUCCGAGAUCAAACUAUGGUGCUUGUAUUAUAUGUGACUGUGUUCUGUUUGGUGUUGUUUAAGUAUAUCGAAUGGUUGUGGUCGCGACGUGAAUUGUACCGUUUAAGUUGGCAUUUGCCGGGACCAAUAGCUUUUCCGCUGAUGGGGAAUUUUUUAAACCUCUAUAAUCCGCAAAACAACCUCAAAACACUUCUCAGAUUGUCUUUCGAGUUCGGAACAUUACUACGUUUUUGGAUUGGAACUAAACUGUACGUGGUAACAUCGGAACCGUCAGAUAUGGAAGUGCUCCUUCACCACCCGAAUUGCAUAGACAAAGACGAUUCGUACAGAUUCUUAGAAGAAAGUUUUGUUACGGUCGGGCUGUUUACUAUCAAAAGUACAAAAUGGAAACGACAUCGUAAACUGAUCACACCGACAUUCAAAACCCGCUCGGUAAACAUGUACAUUCCGAUCUUCAAUAAAAGAAUCAAAGAAUUCGUCAACACCAUAUCAUCUAAAGUCGGCCAGGAAGCAUUUGAUGCCCGAACGGAAUUCGUUUUGGUAUUCAUUCAAAUGAUAUUAGACACAACCAUUGGAUACGAUAUCAAUCCGGAGGGUGUGAAUGUAUACAAUGAAUUUUUAUUUGAUUCCCAAACAAUGGCAAUGAAGAGAUACUUCAAUCCAUUCUAUCAAAUUGAUUUUCUGUGGAAGUUGACGAAGUGGCCGGAGAAAGCGAAACGCGUGAGCAAGCACAGAGAAGAAUUAUUCGAAAAGAUAAUUGCUGAGCGUUCACAUGUGUCGGAGGAUGAGAGGGUUUUACUUAUUGACAGACUUUUGAAAAUAUCAGAGGAAAACAGUGACUUUACAAUGGAAGACGUAAAAGGUGAAGGAAACACUGCUAUAAUGGCCGGGACUGAUACAUCAACAGGCUCACUCGCGAUGGUUCUGUUCAUGUUAGCCAUGCAUCCGGAAUGUCAAGAAAAAGUAUACGACGAACUACUGUCAGUGUUUCCCUGCAAAGAUGUAGAUGUGACCGUUGAUGACCUGGACAAAUUAUUGUACCUCGACAUGGUCAUCAAAGAAACGAUGCGCAUUUUUCCCACCGUGUCACUGAUAGCACGACAUGCAACCGGAGACAUUCAACUCAGGGAUUUCACAAUUCCGGCCGGAUGCUCCAUUGGAAUCGAUAUAUUCAGUCUUCAUCGGUCGAAAAAGUUUUGGGGUGAUAAGGCCGAUCAGUUUAUACCGGAACGAUUCGAGGCGGGCUAUAAAUUAUCUCAUCCGUACGCAUACAUGGCCUUCAGUCACGGCCCAAGGAAUUGUAUAGGUUAUAAAUAUGCAUUGGUUUCCAUGAAACUGGUAGUGAUUUAUAUGCUCCUGAACUAUCGAUUCACUACAACGUUGAAAAUGUCGGAUUUGAAUUAUUAUGCAGAAAUCAAUCUAUUCAUAAAGGAGAAGCUAAUGGUGCAAAUUCACCAUCGAUAAUGACGGGACAUAAUAUGACAAGAUGGGUGUUUGAGAUGUUAGUUAUAAUAAAUGUUUGUACAGAAAUAUGUUUGAAAUAAAGAAAUACACUCCACAUUCUCCCGAUGU